AGAGUAUGGGGAUAAUCUGAACAAACAGGUUACAUCUGUAAUACUGAUAGAUCUUUUCUCAGACAGAUGCUGAGUGUUUGGACCCUCCUUUCAACUGCUAUUUGUGCAGUGUCAGUCUCUGCAUUACCUCAGAGGAUUUUAUUCCAUGGCCAGCAGCUGACUCUGGAUCUUCCUGAGAGGACACGGAGCUUGGAGUUUUUAAAUGCUAAUGAGACUGAAAGAUUUACUAUCUGGAACCAAGCUAGCAAUUCUGUGCGGGCAAGUAAAGGCUAUGUGACCAGCAUGGGUAAGGACUGGACAUUCAGAAUCCAACGUGUUACGUUUGAUGAUGAGGGAACCUACACCUUGUUAAAUCACUUUGGUGCAACCAUCAGCAGUUAUAUAGUGAAGGUCAACUCCAACAAAGGCAUCAUUGAUUGUGUCGCAGGUGACACUCUGAGAAUAUCUCUGGCAGGACUCAAGCAGACUGAUGCUACGCUUCGCUUUUACAAUAAUUAUUCAUCUCUCGUCCUGGUGGAGAAUGGAGUUGCUGUGGGACGAAGCUACCCAGACUAUGUCAACCGGCUUAGAGUGAGCAGUGAAAUGAUUCAGAUUCUCAAUGUAAAUGUUUCAGAUGUAGGCAGAUACGAGCUCACCGAUCUGAAACGAAGACUCGUCUCAAACAAUACAAUGAUACUAGCGGGUGCGGUGACUUGCCUGUCGCAACUGAAUGCAGAUAGUGAGAGCUCAUGA